AUUAUGGCGGACGAAUACACGAAAAAUCAAGGAAAUAUUGUUUAAAUUGAUGAUUUUAUUGUCAUGUUGAUUUAGGUUUGAAAUUCAGAAUUGCUGUUAAAUGGAUAAGUGACCCUAAAGAUGUCAGCGAGCGAAUUAUACACGAAGGGUGCACGAGUAUGGCUGGCGGACUCCGAUUUAGUUUGGCGUGGCGCUGAGCUUUUGGAGGACUUCAAGUCAGCCCCGUGUCAGAUUAAAGUUCAGUAUGAGGAGGCCGAGGGUGCUUCUUCAUUUUCCGCACACUUGCACCAGAAGAUAUCGGCCAAGGAAACGGACUCAGUAAUACAGAUAAAGGACAAGGCUGGUCUGCCACAUCUGCGUAACCCGGAGAUUCUGAUCGGAGAAAAUGAUCUUACCUCGCUCAGCUACCUCAACGAACCUGAGGUGCUAUACAACCUGAAGGUCAGAUUCGAAGAGAGGAACAUCAUUUACACUUAUUGUGGCAUCGUGCUGGUAGCCAUAAACCCUUAUGAGAGUUUGGACAUAUACAGCAAUGACAUCAUACAAGCGUACAGCGGCCAGGACAUGGGGGCCAUGGACCCACAUAUAUACGCAGUGGCUGAGGAGGCUUAUAAGAGAAUGUCACGAUUUGAGCAAAAUCAGUCUAUCAUUGUCAGUGGGGAGUCCGGCGCGGGUAAAACUGUGUCAGCCAAAUAUGCCAUGAGAUAUUUCGCCACUGUAGGCGGGUCACAGACAGAGACACAAGUAGAGAAGAGAGUCUUGGCGUCAAACCCUAUUAUGGAGGCGAUCGGUAAUGCCAAAACAACGAGGAACGACAACAGCAGUAGAUUCGGCAAGUACAUAGAACUCAGCUUCAGCCGUGCCAAUGAGAUUAUCGGAGCUCAUAUGAGAACGUAUCUGCUGGAAAAAUCCAGAGUGGUAUUUCAAGCGAGCGACGAGCGAAACUACCAUGUCUUCUACCAGCUUUGUGCAUCCAGAAAUAUACCAGAAUUGAAAAAGUUCAGCCUUCAGACUGCAGACAAGUACUUCUACACCAGCCAGGGCAAGAACAUUGCUAUAGAUGGGGUCAAUGACGAGGAGGAAUAUUUGAAUCUGAAAGAGGCCAUGAGACUACUUGGUUUCUCAGAGAAAGACAUCAUGGUGAUAUUCCAGGUUUUUGCCGGAGUCCUCCAUUUUGGAAACGUGAAAAUCAAUGAAAAAGAUGGCGAGAGUUCUCAAAUGGCGGAAGGUGAAGAUGCAGGGUGUUUUAUACAUCCCACAGAUCCUUCGAUAGGAAUCGCCUGUAAACUGUUUGGGGUGGAUGAACAGCAGAUGAGGACUUGGAUUUGCAACAAGAAGAUCACAACGGUUGGAGAGACAUUGACAAAACCACUUACAAAAGCUCAGGCGAUGUUUGCGCAGGAUGCCCUCUCUAAAUGUAUCUACUCCAAACUGUUUGACUGGAUUGUCACGCAGAUAAACAAGUCCCUCCACAGUACAGCAAAAACACACCGAUUUAUCGGGGUACUCGACAUUUAUGGGUUUGAGACUUUCAAGAUAAACAGCUUUGAGCAGUUCUGUAUAAACUAUGCCAAUGAAAAACUACAGCAAAUCUUUAACAUGCAUGUGUUCAAAUUAGAACAAGAAGAAUAUGUCAAGGAAAAGAUUGAAUGGUCCUUCAUCGAUUACUAUGACAACCAACCCUGUAUCGAUUUAAUCGAGGCAAAACUCGGAAUUCUUGAUCUUCUUGAUGAAGAAUGCAAGAUGCCGAAAGGAUCUGACGUGAACUGGUGUCAGAAGUUGUAUGGAAAACAUCUCAAACACUCCCACUUCCAGAAACCACGGAUAGGAAACGAAGGGUUUAUAAUUGCCCACUUUGCCGACAAGGUCACCUACACAGCUACCGGUUUCCUUGACAAGAAUCGUGACGCAGUUUCUGAAGAACAUGUGAACAUUAUGAAAGCUUCAGAGUUUGAGCUGGUUGGGGAGUUGUUUGCCGACAUGGGCACAGGGGAUGACAGCAAGGGGAGGGUGCAGGCCUUACAGUCUGGACCCCGGGGCGGCUCCAAGCAAAUGAGAAAAACAGUUGGAUCACAGUUCAGAGAGUCACUAUUUCUUCUGAUGCAAACACUGAACUCUACCUCACCACAUUACAUUCGAUGUAUCAAACCAAAUGACCUGAAGGCAGCCUUUGAAUUUGAACCAAAACGAGCCGUUGAGCAGCUGCGUGCCUGUGGUGUCUUGGAGACUAUACGUAUCAGCGCUGCUGGAUUCCCGUCACGAUGGACGUAUCCUGAGUUCUUCCAAAGAUACCGAGUUUUGGCUCAGUCGAAAGAUAUUGACCGAAAGGACUUUCAUAAGUCAUGCCAGCGAGUACUGCCAAAACUCAUUCAGGACCCAGACAAGUACAGAUUUGGUAAAACCAAGAUAUUCUUCAGAGCUGGUCAGGUUGCUUAUUUAGAAAAGCUCCGAGCAGACAAGUUACGUGCCUGUGGAAUAAUGAUCCAGAAACACGUUAAGGGUUGGCUGAUAAAGAGCAAGUACCAGAAACUACGCAUUUCUGCACUCGCGGUACAGAGAUAUGGCCGAGGGCUGCUAGCAAGAAGGUAUGCUCAAUAUCUUCGAGAGACUCAUGCAGCCACUAUCAUACAGAAAAACUGGCGAGGUUAUAUCACAAGAAAGUCAUUUCACUCGAAGCAGAAAGCUGUUGUCAAAAUACAGUCUGCCAUCCGAGGAUUUUUCGGUCGGCGUGAUUUCCAGCGACGUUUGUACGAACACAAAACAACAAUUAUCCAGUCACAAAUCCGAGCAUUCUUGGCGAGAAAAAGAUACAAGAAAGUUCUCUAUGGAGUCAUCAAAAUUCAAGGUCACUUCAAAAGGAGGAAAGCAAAGGCAGAGUUUAGGAGGCUAAAGAUUGAAGCCAAGUCUGUAGACAACUUGAAGGGCGUUAACAAAGGUUUGGAGAACAAGAUUAUACAGCUACAACAACAACUGGACUCCAAGAAAAAGGAAAGCAGUGGUAUCGUUCAGAAACAAAAAUCCGAAAUCAAAGCUUUGGAGGAAGAGAAACAGAAACUGCUGGUGGCAAGCUCAGAAGGGGUAAAGGCUUCUAACAAAGUUACUGAACUGGAGGAGGAGUUGAGAAGGCUCCGUAUAGAGCUAGAACAUGAGAGAGGAGAAAAGCAGGACCUCAUCUCGGAGAAAGACUUACUGCAGCAGAAAUACGAACAGGAUGUGGGUGAGCUGCGGUUAGAGAACAUUGAUAUUAAAUCAGAGUUAGAUGCAGCCAACAAAAAGGUUAAAGAACAGAUGGAAUCUAUGUUGAAUACUAAAGAUGGUGAGGAAUGGGAAGAAAAAAGAAAGCUGCUUGUCCAAGAGAUGGAAUCAGAGAGGCAGCACCACCAGAGGCUGGUGAAAGAACAUAAUAGGCUCUUACAGAGAUUUGAAAAUAUGCAAGGAGAAAUGCAGAUGUUACAAAGUCCUACCAAGGGCCACAAGCGUACACCAUCAGAAAUCAGCAUGCUGAGCCUGGAGUCUGUGACACCUGAAGGACAGAAGGAGGAAGAAGACAAAGACAAAGAUGAUCAGGGAUAUGGUACGGAGAAAAAGAAGAAGCAAGCACCUGCCCCACCAACUGCUGUUGCCAUGGAAACAGUGAUGAAAGAAUCCUCCGCACCAAUUGCCGCUGCUGCUGCUGCUGCAUCAGAGAAAUCAGACCAAGAGAAGCCAGCACCUCCAGUGCAGGACAUUGAUGUUGGUCUUAUGUUGAAACUGCAAAACAAAAUCAAAGUACUGGAAAAGGAAAAACAUCAACUCAGGUUGCAACUAGACAAAUUGGAAGAGCAGAUUAAAGAAGGAACGCCAGGUGACUCUGCCUUUAACACACUUAAGGGUUAUAGGGAAAACUCUGGAAAGUCAUCAAGUGAAGGAGUUAGUCUGUUGUCAGAGAGUAGAGCAUAUGAGAGUCUGAAGAUGCAAGAACUUGAAAAUGAGAAUGAUAAGCUGAAACGUGAGGUGGCCAAGCUGAUGGAAUCCAUCGCUAAGACAUCAAACUUCAACAAAGGACAGAAGCCCACAGCUGCGGGCAAGGAAUUCUUAGAACAGUUUGAAGCUCAGGCAGAUGAACUAGAGAGGAGGCGAGAGGAGUGUCUACAGUUACGGGCCUUGUUAGCAGAAAAAAGCAUCUCCACACAUUCUAUUGCCAAGCAGUCGUACAAUGGACAGGAGGAGAUUGUAAAUGAAGACAAUGAGCUGACAAUGGCAUAUAAAUCUCAAAGGGACAUAAUUAGAUUGUUGGAACAACAGCUACAAAAUACAGAAAAGGAACUGAAUGCGAAGACGAGCGAAUACAAGAAGGAGAUUACAGACCUGAAGAAGGAAAAUGAGAAACAAAACCAACUCAUACAAAAGUCGCUGUCCCUCACUAGUGAAGCCAAAAUCGAUGCUACUAUGCAGCAUGAAAUCACCAGACUCACCUCAGAAAACCUGGACCUGAGCGAACUUGUAGACCAGCAAGCUGAGCAGAUCAGAAAGCUGAAGAAAAUGCUGAAGGUGUAUGCCAAGAGGUUGAAAGAGGGUGAAGCUGCUGAAAUUCAAGCAGAGUUAGAGAGAGAAGAGACGAAGAGCGUGGAAAAUGUGGCCCAGGUGAAACAUCGGGAAAGGAACUACAUGGGCAUGCUGGAAUAUAAGAAAGAAGAUGAAACUGCGCUGUUGAAAGCUUUAAUACUAGAGCUAAAACCAAAGGUGGCUUCUGGUCUGUUACCUGGGCUUCCAGCCUACGUCCUGUUCAUGUGCGUUCGUCACACUGACUAUGUGAACGAUGAUGAGAAAGUUAGAUCAUUCCUGACCAGCACCAUCAACGGAAUCAAGAAAGUUGUCAAGAAACAUCAUGACGACCUUGACCGUGUCACUUUGUGGCUUGCAAACACCUGUCGUUUCCUGCACACAUUAAAACAGUACAGCGGAGAAAAACAAUUCCAACAAGAAAACACUCCUCGGCAAAAUGAACAUUGUUUACGGAACUUUGAUCUUGCCGAAUAUCGGCAAGUCUUCAGUGACCUUGCCGUGUGGAUUUACCAGACGUUAAUUAAGCUGAUGGAAGCCACAAUACAGCCAUCUAUUGUGGCAGCAGUAUUAGACCAUGAAGCUAUUGCGGGCCUUACGGGUAGCAAACCAAGCGGGCUCCGAGGUCGCAGCUCCAGUCGUGCAGAUGACACGCCAGAACAUUCUCUCGAUAGUCUCAUGAAGGCUAUGAACCAAUUUGUACGAGUUCUUACACAACACGCUGUGGACCCGGAGCUGGUUAAACAGAUAUUUCGUCAAGUGUACUACUUCCUCGGUGCGAGUGCACUCAACAAUCUCCUACUCAGGAAGGAGAUGUGUAACUGGUCCAAAGGCAUGCAGAUACGGUACAACCUAUCCCACAUGGAACAAUGGUUACGUGAUAACAAACUCCAGGAAUCAGGUGCGGGUUCCAGCCUGGAACCCAUCGUCCAAGCCUCCCAGCUUCUUCAGGCACGAAAAACCGACGCUGACGUGGACAGUGUGUGUGACAUGUGCUCCAAACUCACUGUUCCCCAGAUUGUCAAAAUCCUGAACCUCUACACGCCAGUGGACGAGUUUGAGGAGCGGGUUCCAAUAUCGUUCAUACGCAAAAUUCAGCAGAAGUUGAAAGAACGUGUAAACACUGACAAUUCCCUCCUUAUGGACCUGAAAUUCUCGUAUUCUGUUACAUUCCCGUUCACCCCUUCCAAAAUCAUCCUAGAAACCAUAGAAGUCCCUGAACAACUGCAUAUAAACAAGCUUGUUUCAAGAUGUUAGCUUGUAACUUACAAGCUCUCGUGAUUCAUUAAGUGUGUAGCUAUGGUAAUGAUAAAACUGGACCAAUAGCAAAAUAAAAGUUUAGCCAAUGAUAUGCCGAAACAACUGCAGAUGCUAGCUUGCCAGUUGCCAUGUUUUAUAUAAAAUUGUAGCAAUUGUGAUGCUAUGUUGUACCAAUGAAAAGUUAUAGUAAUGGUAAACUACACUUAACCAUGGUAAUGUUAAAUUGUACCAAUUCUUAAAAUAACAUUGUAUCCAUGGUGACCUUCUAGCUACAUGUAAGAUAUGAAUGGCUUAUUUAAGGUGUAGCCUUAGCUAUGGCAAGCUGUAGCAAUGUCAAAUAUGAAAGUUGAAGUUGCCAUAGUUAAGUUUUGUUGUAGAAUGAAGAUAAAUUACAUGUUUUCGAAUCACAUUUUUUUGAUGGAUUGAUAUUAUUUUGACACUUAACCAUGUUUCAAUGAUAAUGGUCAACUUUUUUACCUAUACUCAUGUGCACUAUAGAUCCAAGGAUGAUUUUAUCUAUUGGAUGAAAGCUUUUCCACUUUUUCUGUAAAUCCUAAAUCACCUUAGAAAUACAUUUAGCUGUGCACACUGCCAUAAGUGUAUGUAAACAGUUGUCUCAUUUAAUGAAGUCAGCCUAGGAUUGGAUAAAUAUUUUUUUUAUAUAGCAGAAUUGAUUCUAUCAUUGUUGUACAUUAUAUCAUUUUUAAGUUGGUAGCAAAAAGAACUUUAUUCAAUAACUUUAUUUAAAUAAAUAAAGAGGCAAUGAGUUCAUUGUUUAUCUCAUGCAUGUUGUUAAGUGAUGCUGUUUCAUUCCAACCCCAAAUCUCUCUCCCAGUGAUCCCAUCGGAUAGUGUAGUAAAUGUCUUCUUAUCACAGCCAUGUGAUUUUGUAUGCCAAUGUGAAAAGUCAUGCUGAUAUUCAUGGCUUUGUUGAUAGUCAUAUUGUGAUGUGUUAUCAUGAGUGGUUAUUUAUUGCAUGCUGAUCAGUAAGUAUAAGUGAAAAUAUAAUCUUUAUAUCACACGUUGUGUACACAAAUACUUUUUCAAAAUGGCUUAUUAUGAAAGAAAAGGAUGAUUUUGCAUGCUUUCAAGUAGUGCAGUUCUAUUCCAACCCCAAAUUUCCCUUCCAUAGAGCCCAAUAGGUUUUUUGUUUUUAAAACAUUAUUUAUCAAUAUGUAAAUUUUGUCAUAUCCAAUAGUGUGUGUUUCGAGAGUAGUGGCUAAUAAUGAGUCAUAUGGCACAUUCCAUAAUUGUACUUGAACUACUUUAGGUUUCUUUAAAAGUAGAAUAUAAGAAUUUUGAUUAUGUAUUUUAAUUGUAUAAUUUAUAAUGAUAAAACAAGUAUUGCUAUAUUGUUAUAAAUAAAUGAUUGUUGUUAUGUUAAGCAUUGUUUUAUUUGAAGAAUAUCAUGAAAGUGAUAAAUAUCAUGUUAAAAACAAACUCAGUUUAAUGCAUUGUUUUUCAGUGUUUACAAUAUAGGGAUAUUUUUUCUGUUAAAUACUUCUGUUUGCAAAUGAAUGUAGCAGAGCAUACUUUUCAGUCUUUUAAUAAGUUUUGGAAUUAAAAAUAAUUUGUACUGCUAAAAAAUCAACACUAUUUUAAAGGUAUGAUUCAUUAAUGGAUAACUUGGGGUGUACUUAAAGCCAUGAACAUUCAAUGCAUCAAAGACUUAAAAUGCUAUGUUCAUUUGUAAACAGUAAGUUAUAGUUGAACUUGCAUUUAGUGUGUAUAAAAAUGGUUGUUAACUAUUUAAGCAUAUCAUUUCCUUGUUGUUAAAAUAUAAAAUGACAUAGUUACUACUACAUGUCCACUGUUUUAAGAGUUAAAUGGCAUACAUUUUGAUAUGUGAGUGCAAAAAAGCUUCUACAUAUUCAUUACAUGUGUGCUCGAUUUAUUGUAUCAAAUCAUUUUGAUAUCUUUGUCAUUUGUUUAUGAAGUUCAUGUAAUCAUGUAAUCAUAAAUAUGAGCAGAUUUCAUUAAUAUACUGACACAAAAACUGAUACCAUACAAAGGAUUUGUCUGUCUCAGUUUUUACAGAGACAAUCUUUUAACUUUGUUUGCAGAUUGGAAUAGAAAUAUACAGCAUACAUUUCAGGAUAUAAAUAUAUCGACUUAAGGCAUAAGUGUUAACAUUUGUUUGUCAAUUUAGUUUUGACCUUAAUUUUUUUUAUUCCAGGGGCAUGUCACUUAAAAUAACCUACUCCAGAAUGGAACUGAGUUCAAUUCUUGUCUAUGAUUUUGAAAUUUUAAAUCUAAGGUCAAUUUUGUCAGUCGAAUAGCACAUAUAAUGUUAAUAAAUCAUAUGUAUGUUCCUUCAUGUAAUUAUCCGGAUAAAUAUACACAAAGCGCAUACAUAAUAUGUCAAACAUUUUUGUAGUUUGUUUAGAAAAUUGUGCUUCUAUUUUGUACUUUUGUAGACAAGAGUUUGUAUUGAAUAUUCUUUAAAGAGCUACAUAUUAAGACAUAUUUUUUUUAUUUACAAUUCGCAUAUUUUUUACCGUUUUUUUAACAUAACGAAAACACUGUAAUAUUUUUAUUAAAUAUUUCUAUAACUUAAUAAAUUGGUUCCCUCUGCAUGACAUUUUUUUGGAAAUGUUCAGUGAACUGUAGAAUGCUUUAAUUUCCAUAGACACUAGUUUCACUAUUUUUACCAAAGUUAAUGUCUUUGGCCUAUUUGGCGAGGUCUAAAUUAUGCGAGGCCCUUAAUUGCACCUAAAUGCAAUGGUGAAAAAAAUAUUGUGUAAGAUUUCAAAUUGCAACCUGAUUGAUUGUGGAAACUUUGCAAAACUUAAACAUUUGCGAAAUUAAAACAAACUACAGUAUACUAGCACAUUCAAGUAUGUUUUCAAGUAUGCAUUAUUUUAUGGUUAAUAUACACAUUAUACAGAUAUUUUGUUUACUUGUUAGAUUUUGUAAAUAAAUUUACAUCUGUUAAGUUUGAUACAUAGACAUUUUCUACAAAGUUUUUUCCCCAGAUACAUAUAUGCAAUAUAAUUAUAGGAAAAUGGCUUUUGUUACUGUUAUGAGUUUACACAAAUGUCAUUAAAUAUUGUAUUAAAUGUAUAAUAAAUAAACAACGGGCCGUUUGUUAAGAACUUUGUUAAAGUUAACAACGUGAUAAGCGUCAUUGAUUUGAAGUUUUAAAGGUGAAACAUUUGAUGAUGUGCGCACAUAUUAAACUAUAAUCUAGUUCAGCUAAAACAGUUUUUCAAUUUUAGUGAGAUUAAAUACAGCUGAUCACAAGUGUAUCCAUUAAUCUUCCAGAACAGUAUCACUUUGAAAGUUGACGAUGACCACGGUAUCAACGUUGUUAAUUCAACUUAAUAUGUAUAUGUACCGACUUCAAAUAAAGAUGCUUGUAUCUUGUUGUUAAUUUUAAUACUGUUCUCAACAAUCAGCCCAUUGAGUGAUAGUCAUACUUGAUUGGAUAUUUAUCUAAUGCGUGUUUGUUGCUUAUUUGUUGUAUAUGUACAUUAGAAAUGUGCUCUAGUCUGCUUUUACUGUAAAAAUCAACAACAGCAACACAGGAAGAAAUCUAUAAUGUACCAUGCUGAAAGAAAAUAUUAUGGUCAUUUUGAUGAAAAUUGGUAUUUCGGAGGAAAAUGACAACAAAAUAACUAAUGUAUUUAUAUAAUGGCACAAAGAUGUUAGCAACUUAGCAUGCAGUGUCGACAUAUUCUGAUGGUCAUGGGCAUCUUGUGGAUGGUGAUUUACUGUUGUUGUUGAAGUAUAUUCCGUUGAAACAAUAAUAAAAACAUUUUUAUAUUCCAGAUAUACAAAAUAUGAGCACAAUCAAAGUAUUCAAUGUGGUAAUUAUACGUUCAAAAUAAACAAAUGGUGUAUGCUAAAACGAUUUUUUUGUGAAUUAUACGAUGUCAAGAUAUAUUGUCAAAAUCUGAAAUUGAUAAAUAAUAUUUUGGCUUGUCAAAGUCUGUAGUGCAUUUGCAUGUUCUGACCCAUAUUUCUUGAAAUCUCUUAAGUCAACAUGAUCAGUGUAAGUUCACAGUAUUUGUUUUAGUACAAUUUGUGAAUAUUUUCUAUUUGAAGAAUUCUGAGACUUUAAAAAAACAUUGUGUUUUUUCCUGGAUAUCUAAUGCUAAAGAUUUAGUAGAUAAAAUCAAAUUUGUAAAACAGACUACUUCAAUGUACAUUUAUUUUAUAUAAGAUUGAACUAUAUUAAUAUUUUGUAACACAAACAAAAACAAAUCAUGUACAAAUAUGAAUAUAAGAUCAUAAACAUUAUAUGUUGUUCAUAUGAGCUACCCGGAAGUAUUUAGAUGGUUAAAAUGCAUUCCAUUGAUUUCGUCUUUCAAUAUAUUUGAUAUUAAGGUAUGCAAUGUAAUUUUUAGCUUGUCUUAUCAUCAAGCCGUUAGCAAUAGUAUCAUAGGUUUGAUAUCUUUUGAUCCAAUAUAAUUUUGGUAGAAUUUCAAAGACGACUAGAGUAAUGAAUAAUGAUAUGUAAUUUUAUACAAAAAAAACAACAACAACUCAU